CCAGGCUGCCUCCUCCGCGCCAGACCCAGGCGAUCUUAAAGGAAGUCCGACCGUUCGGCGAUUCUUGGCGUGAGACCCCGCCCCAUCCCCGACUGCAGGAACCGAGAGAGGAGACGAAGCGGAAGUCCCCCGUGCCCAGUGACUAUACUGGCGAAGGACCCGCGGUGUCAUGGCCGCCGACAGUGACGGUGGCGCAGCCUCAGCUCCCGCGGUCUCAGACGAUGGUGUCAGCCAAAGCACAAAAUCUGGGGAGGAGCUAGUAGUCCAGGUUCCCGUGGUGGAUGUGCAAAGUGACAACUUCAAGGAGAUGUGGCCAUCCCUCCUCCUGGCUAUAAAGACGGCUAACUUUGUGGCUGUGGACACGGAACUGAGUGGGCUUGGGGACAGGAAGUGUUUGCUGAACCAGUGCAUCGAGGAACGUUACAAGGCCGUGUGUCAUGCUGCCAGGACCCGUUCCAUCCUCUCCCUGGGCCUCGCCUGCUUCAAGCAGCAGCCAGACAAGGGUGAACACUCAUACCUGGCCCAAGUGUUCAAUCUGACCCUACUGUGCAUGGAAGAGUAUGUCAUUGAACCAAAGUCUGUGCAGUUCCUGGUACAGCAUGGCUUCAACUUCAACCGGCAGUACGCUCAGGGAAUCCCCUACCACAAGGGGAAUGACAAGGGUGAUGAGAGUCAGAGACAGUCAGUGAGGACACUGUUCCUGGAGUUGAUCCGGGCCCGCCGGCCCCUGGUACUACACAACGGUCUGAUAGACUUGGUGUUCCUCUACCAGAACUUUUACGCACACCUGCCCGAGAACUUGGGAACCUUCACUGCUGACCUGUGUGAAAUGUUCCCCGCUGGCAUUUAUGACACCAAAUAUGCUGCUGAGUUUCAUGCCCGCUUUCUGGCCUCCUACCUAGAAUAUGCCUUCCGGAAAUGUGAGCGGGAAAAUGGGAAGCAGCGGGCAGCCGGCAGCCCACACCUAACCCUGGAGUUCUGUAGCUAUCCUUCUAGCAUGAGGGCCCAUAUUGACUACCGCUGCUGUGCACCACCCCCCACCUGCCGUACUCAUUCCACCAGCAUCUGUGACAACUUCUCGGCCUAUGGCUGGUGCCCCCUGGGACCACAGUGUCCUCGGUCCCAUGAUAUUGACCUUAUCAUUGACACUGAUGAAGCUGCGGUGGAGGACAAGAGGCGACGGAGACGACGUAAGGAAAAACGGCGGAGGGCUUUAUUGGGCCUGCCUGGGAAACAGCCUUCUGGGGAAGCUGAGGACAGUCCUCCCACCAAGCAGGUCUGUAAGGACAACCUCAAGCCUGAGAAAACUGAGCAGGAGGUGGCUGAGGAUGAGACUGGGACCCAACCUGGCUCUGAGCAAGGUCCCACAAAUGACCUGGAGAUGGAGCCUAAAGCAACAAGUGCUGAAACCACUGACAUGGCCACCUCAGAAGCGCCAGAGAGGCAAGUCACAACUGACAUGGCCACCUCAAAAGCCCCAGAGAGGCAAGUCACAACUGACGUGGCCACUUCAGAAGCUCCAGAGAGGCAAGUCACAACUGACAUGGCCACUUCAGAAGCACCAGAGAGGCAAGUCACAACUGACAUGGCCACCUCAGAAGCCCCAGAGAGUCAAGUCAGUCCUAACCCAGUGCCUGGGGAUGGACUGCAUCGGGCUGGUUUUGAUGCGUUUAUGACAGGUUAUGUGAUGGCCUAUUUGGGAGUGAGCCAAGGAUCCCAGCCCUGUAGCUCUGAACCAUGGCUACCUGAAUGUCACAACAAGGUAUACCUGAGUGGCAAAGCUGUCCCCCUCACAGUGGUUAAGAGCCAGUUCUCCCGUUCUUCCAAAGCCCACAACCAGAAGAUGAAGCUGGCUUGGGGCAGCAGCUGACCCAACUUCAACACAGCACUCAGGGCCUAGGAAGAGAAGCUAAGAGUGGAUCAGAGGGGUCUGGAUCCCUCUAGCCUGUGAGUGACUUAAUCCCAACUACUCGGGGAUAGGAUGGGGUCCUGGCUGAGAUACUGUUGCACUGCUUUGGCAUCUCUGCCUUUACCCUAGAGGCUGAAGAACAAGGGUACAAGUAAGAAGGCUGACCAGCACCUGUAACACCGACUUUAUUCAUUUUUAAAUCUCAAAGUGUCCUGGGAAAGUUUUACCAAAAAAAAAAA